AUGCCGUUCACCACGAAAACCAAUAGGACCAGCUACGGUACCGUCCGUUCUAGUGGAGGAGGAGUAGGAGGAGGAGGAGGAAGAUCUUUUUCCUCACAAUCUUAUGGCGGGGGGUCAGGGGCCCGGAAAAGCUUUUCUUCCAGCUCAAUGAUGAUGAAGUCAGGCAUGGGAGGUGGCGGCUAUGGAGGCGGUGGUGGUGGUAGUUUUGUUGGUGGUGGUAGUUUUGGUGGUGGUUAUGGAGCUGGAGGUGGUGGUGGUGGAUUUGGUGGUGGUGGUGGAGGUGGAGGUGGUGGUGGUGGAUUUGGUGGUGGUCUUUUCUCUUCUGGAGGUGCCUAUGGUGGCUUUGGCGGCGGUGGUGGUGGGUGUAUAGUCCCCACGAUCGCAAAUGUCCAAUGCAACCAGAGCCUGCUGGCUCCCCUGAACCUUGAGAUUGACCCCAACAUCUCGUCUGUCCGUACCGAAGAGAAAAAUCAGAUCAAGGGUCUAAACAACCGCUUCGCCAGCUUCAUUGACAAGGUGCGAUUCCUGGAGCAGCAGAACAAAAUGCUGGAGACCAAGUGGAGCCUGCUGCAGGAGCAGACCACCUCCCGCUCCAACAUCGACGCCAUGUUCGAGGCCUACAUCGCCAACCUGCGCAGACAGCUGGAUGGACUCGGUAACGAGAAGGUCAAGCUGGACGGAGAGCUGAGAAACAUGCAGGGAUUGGUAGAGGACUUCAAGAACAAAUAUGAAGAUGAAAUCAACAAGCGUGCUGGUGUGGAAAAUGAGUUUGUGCUCCUCAAGAAGGAUGUAGAUGGUGCCUACAUGAACAAAGUUGAGCUCGAGGCCAAGGUUGAUGCCCUUCAGGAUGAGAUCAACUUCCUCAGAAGUGUCUACGAGGCGGAACUAAAUGAACUCCAGGGACAGAUCAAGGACACUUCAGUCAUUGUGGAGAUGGACAACAGCCGAAGCCUUGACAUGGAUGCUAUUGUGGCUGAAGUCAGGGCACAGUAUGAGGACAUCGCUGCCCGCAACCGUGCUGAUGCAGAAAGCUGGUAUCAGCAGAAGUUCCAGGAGAUGCAGACCAAUGCCGGCUCGGCCGGAGAAGACCUCCGCAACACGAAGAGUGAGAUUGCUGAGCUCAACCGUAUGAUUUCACGCCUCCAGAAUGAGAUUGAGUCAGUCAAGGGACAGCGUGCCAACCUGGAGGCCCAGAUCGCUGAGGCUGAGGAGCGAGGUGAGCUUGCUGUCAAGGACGCCAAGCUCCGUAUCAAGGACCUAGAAGAAGCCCUGCAGAGAGCCAAACAGGACAUGGCCCGCCAGGUCCGUGAAUACCAGGAGCUCAUGAAUGUCAAGCUGGCUCUAGAUAUUGAGAUUGCGACCUACAGGAAGCUACUGGAAGGAGAGGAGAUCAGAAUUGCCGCCGGUCCUGCAGUUGCAACCAUCCAUAUGCAGACCUCAUCAAGCAGCUAUGGUGGCGGCGGCGGUGGUGGCGGUGGCUUUGGAGGUGGCAGCGGCGGCGGCAGCGGCUAUGGAAUGAGCGGCGGCGGUGGCUAUGGAAUAAGCGGCGGCGGCGGCAGCAGCUUUGGAAUGAGCAGUGGCGGCAGCAGCAGCUUUGGAAUGAGCGGCGGCGGUGGCUAUGGAGGCGGCAGCAGCAUGAGCAUGGGAGGAGGAGGCACAAUGACAUCAAAAUCCUCCUCCACCUCAUACAGCCGCCGUCAAUGAAAACGGCAGUUGUCUUCCUCUCCUAUCUUCGUCUUCCCUCAUUUUGUUUUCUUCCCCAUGCCCCAAUCAUAAAAUCUUUCUAUAAAUCUCACCACCACUCUCCCUGCACACACAGACAAGUCUCAGAAAAAUUACAUUCAAGUACAGAGAUUGUUUGUAAAGGCAGCAGAUAUGUGAGUCAGUCUUCUUCUUUGAUCAGUCAGCCACGCUGUCUUUUGGUUGCUGGAUAUGCUGUUAUGUAGACAGGAGGAUACUUGUAGUAUCAUGGCAGAGAAUCCUUACAAGGCAACAAUCAUUGCACAUGAAAAGAAAACAGCAGUUCUAAGAUUUGCACAGAAGGAGAAGUGGGUCCUGUAACUUUCCUUCUUCUAAUGUCUCAUCUGCUGUCACACAUACGUCAUCUUGUGCAUUUUGACAUCAUCAAAAGCAGCCACAUAUAACACUUUUUCGGGAUCCUCUUUUUCAUCUCCUGUCAGAGAGAAAAUGAGCUCUCUGCUUCAGCAUCUUAACGGUGUUUAUGACUUAACUUCUGUUUUUCACCCUGAAUAAAAAAAUGGC